AUGCUUGACCUUCAAAAUUACUCUGAACUGUGUGAGGGAAAGACCACGGAGAUAUUUGUCUCUCGUUACCGCCUCUUCGAUGAUGCUAUGGAAGAGAUAUUGAGGGAUGAUCCGCUAGCGAUUGAUUUCAGUGUACCUUUAGAGGUGAUCUUCACCGGCGAGGGCGCUCAAGAUUAUGGUGGUCCAAGGUGGGAAUUUUUGGGCAUGGUGAUGCGCGAAAUACGUGACAAGCUCUUCAAGGAAGAAAGAGAAGGCUACAUCAUUUUUGAGAAAAAAGAAGCACUAGACAGGAAACAUUAUUAUGGAGCUGGCCUCUUUUUUUUGGUAAAUAUGCAAAGCCUACUGAGACACCUAUGUCAAUUUCACUUGAGCACACAAGAAUUUCAAUUUACCUUUUUAUUGCAGGUUUCAGUUUGUUGCAAGGUGGUCCUUUGCCUACUUUCCUUGCUGAAGACCAGCUUCAGCGAAUCUUCAAAAAGAUGAUUGACUAA